AUGCUAACUAACCUUCCAGUCGCUGCCGCCGCCGACGCCGAUGAGGAGACCUCCGUAGAGAACCGAUGGUGCCAACUGAGUGACACAGUCCAGUCGAUCGCCCUGGCUGUCCCCGGACGCGAUCUCUGUCGAGGUCUACAAGCACGGCUGUCCCCAACUCGUGGAUCAUCUGACGGCGCUCUUCCAGGGGAUGUGGCGUCAAGGAGGAGUCCACAGGAUUUAAACGACGGCACAAUCGUCCAUCUCUAUAGGCUGAAAGGUAAUCGCCAGCUCGGCGGCAACCACCGAGGCAUCUCUUCGCUGAAUAUCGCGGGGACGAUCUUCACCCGCAUCUUUCUCAGCCGUUUUAACAACCAUUUGGAGCGGGGUCUUCUGUUUGGAAACCAGUACGGCUUCAACCGUCAUCGUGGAACCACCGACAUGAUCUUCGCCGCCCGCCAACUGCAGGAGAAGUGCCAGGAGAUGCGGACCCACCUCUACUCUACCUUCGUGGAUCUGACAAAAGCAGUUGACACGGUGAAUCGUGACGGAUUGUGGAAAAUCAUGCAGAAAUUCAGCUGUCUCGAGCGAUUCGCUCGUAUGGUGCGUCAGUUCCACAAUGGCAUGACGGCGAGAGUCACGGACGGCAUUCGCAGCAACCAACGGAAUGGAGCAGUGAUGUGUCCUGGCGUCCACCCCCUUCUCCGCCCUACUGAUGGGCGCCUACCGUGA